AUGCGGAUUGCAAUUGAAGGAUGCUGUCACGGCAACUUAGACCAGAUAUACUCAAGUAUUAAGAAUAAAGAUGUUGAACUUCUCAUUGCAUGCGGAGAUUUUCAAAGCUUAAGAAAUGAAGCAGAUAUGCAAUGUAUUAGUGUGCCUAUCAAAUACAGAUCUAUGGGUGACUUUCAAGCUUACUAUACGGGAGCAAAGAAAGCACCCGUAUUUACAAUAUUCAUUGGCGGAAAUCAUGAAGCUUCAAAUUAUCUUGAAGAAUUGAAAUAUGGAGGAUUUGUGGCUCCUAAUAUUUACUAUUUGGGAAGGUCAGGAGCUGUCUGGUAUAAGGGUCUCAGAAUUAUAGGUUGGUCGGGAAUUUAUUACUCGAGAGAUUUUAUGAAUAUAAGAAGAGACGAAGCAUUACCAUACAAUCGCUGGGCAAUUCGUAUGGUGUAUCAUUAUCGAAAAGACGAUUAUAUGAAACUUCGACUAUUGAAUGAAUGCAAUGAUAGUAUAGUAGUAUCUCAUGAUUGGCCGGAAGGUAUCUAUAGGUGGGGAUCGUUGAAUUAUCUCCUCAAAAAGAAGCCUUUUUUCAAGAAAGACAUUGAAAAAGGCGAGUUGGGAUCGCCAAUGAACAGAGAAUUACUUGAGCAUCUCAGACCAAAAUAUUGGAUGGCAGCACAUUUGCAUGUUGGCUAUAAAGUAACUGUUGACUGGAACAAAAAGCGCCAAAUUACCAAAGUUGACAAUAAAGAUGAAAUAGAUUUGGAUCUGGAUCUAAGCGAAGAAGAUCAAGACGCUGAAAAGGAAAGUAAGCCUAUUGCUUCAGUGCAUGAUACCACUUUCUUGGCUCUGGAUAAAUGUCUACCGAGAAGACACUACCUCGAAAUUCUCGAUGUUCCAUUGACGAACGAUAAGCAUAGAUCCGCAAUUACAGAAUCGCCGUUGUAUUUCGAUCUAGAGUAUAUUUCGUUGAUGCAGAGCGUGGAGAAGCAUAAAAGCGAACUUGACUCGUUGGAGUAUCAAGAAAUACUCUUCCCAGAAGCUGAAUAUCGGGACAAAAUCCUUGCUGAGUCACAUCAGCUUUGA